AUGGAUUAUUCGGCUGCCGAUAUUGAAGCGGCCCAGAGCCUGCAGCUCUUAGCAUACCUAUACGCGGCGAUGGGCGUGUUCUGGACCUAUGACUAUGCUUGUUCAUUUGAACAAGAGUGGAUAUUUCUGGUUCAGUCGCGCUGGUCCAAGGUGAAAGGCCUUUAUAUCGUUACACGACAUGUCCCCUUCUUUCUCGUCAUCAUGAACCUAGUAUAUCUGGGAUUCACCUCGAACGAGAGCCCUGAUAAAUGUCGGAUAAUGAGCGAUACUUACUCAUGUUUCGGAGUGAUUUCACUCACAUGCUCUGAAUGCUUUUUUGUGCUCAGAACGUAUGCACUCUGGAACAGAAAUAAAAUUGUACUCGUAGCGAUGAUCACCUCCCUUUUUGCUACCACUGUUUCAUUCAUUAGCAUUUUCCUCACCAGUAUUACCACCUCAUAUGCGCGAUCCCAGGCAUCACAGGGUGCUACCGGAGCUCAACCACUGUCGAAGGUACUUUUGCCGUUUCUUCUGGUGUUUGUGUUUCAAGUGGAACUGAUCUCCCUAACACUGAUAUGUGUUGUACGAACCUGGCGAUCAACCAAAAGUCCAUUGUAUGCUAUCCUGGUGAAGCAUGAUAUAUUAUACUAUGCCAUCGGUCUGCUUUUCUCGACCGUGAACAUCCUCAUGCCAGUGCUAGCUCCAGAUAACGCAUUCUACACCGUCCUCGAAGAUUUACAGGGCUUUUUAAUUGCAAUCCUCGCCACACGCAUGCACCUCUAUCUCUGGCGUAUCGACCAGCAGGCGGUUGGCACUGGCCUUGUGUGUGAUUCUUGGCCCGACACGCCAGAUCUAGAUUCCAUACCGUACGUGUGA